AUGCCGUUAAUGAUCGGGGAAUCAUAUCCGAUCGAUCCAGUCCCAUCCCCGGGCUGGCCCCGGCACGUGCUGGCCGCUUCCCGCAGCUUGGGCGAGGCGCUCUGUCAUUCCCGGCGCCCGGUUUCCUGCACGCAGCCUGUGCUGGACAGCAAAGCCAAGCAAAGCGAGGGUGUGCGUGUGCGCGUGUAUGUGGGGUUAUCCGCGGAGCUCUCUGCAAAGGGCUCCCUUCCCCUCCCAGAGCCACCUUCCUUGCGCAAGGGAUGGAGGGUCAGGGGCAGUUUGCCGACUGGGGCUGAGGUCGGUCGUGUGUCUCCAUUGUGCGGCCACGUGUCCCGCGUCCAUCAGCCGCCAAGCCCGGCAGGCUCCUCGCUGCAAGGGCGGAAACGGGAGCCCGGGGUUUGCAGCGGCGGCGGCGGCAGCGGCAGCCGCCAGGUCCCGCGGGAAGGGGGCCUUGCCACGGAAUCUAUGUACAUUGAAGAAAACACUUUCAAGAGUAGUGCAUUCUCCUUGAUCUUCUCUCUCAAGGAAGAAGUUGGAGCUUUGGCUAAAAUUCUACGCAUUUUUGAGGAAAAAGGGAUAAACUUGACCCACAUUGAGUCCCGACCUUCCCGGCUCAACAAAGAUGAAUAUGAAUUCUUCAUAAACCUGGACAGCAAGAAUAUCCCUGCUCUGGAGGACAUUGUCAAGGCUUUGAGAGAUGAUAUUGGAGCCAACGUUCACGAGCUUUCACGAGAAAAGAGGAAGGAUGCUGUUCCAUGGUUCCCAAGAAGUAUUCAAGAUCUGGACAGAUUUGCCAACCAGAUUCUCAGCUAUGGAGCAGAGCUGGAUGCUGAUCACCCAGGUUUCAAAGAUCCUGUUUACCGGGCCAGAAGAAAGGAAUUUGCAGACAUAGCCUACAGCUACAGACAUGGACAACCUAUCCCCAGGGUGACUUACACAGAGGAAGAGAAGAAAACGUGGAGUAUAGUCUUCAAAGAGCUGAAGACCCUCUAUCCCACCCAUGCUUGCUAUGAACACAACCACGUCUUCCCUCUCUUGGAGAAAUACUGUGGCUACCAAGAAAAUAACAUUCCCCAGUUGGAAGAUGUCUCAAAUUUCUUGAGAAGCUGCACUGGAUUUCGCUUACGUCCAGUGGCUGGACUCCUAUCAUCUCGAGAUUUUUUGGCUGGCUUGGCUUUCAGAGUAUUUCAUUCUACACAAUAUAUUCGCCAUUCAUCAAGACCAAUGUACACCCCAGAACCAGAUGUUUGUCAUGAGCUCCUAGGACAUGUCCCUCUGUUUGCUGAUCCCAAUUUUGCUCAGUUUUCCCAAGAAAUUGGACUUGCUUCCCUAGGAGCACCAGAUGAAUUCAUCGAGAAACUUGCUACGGUUUACUGGUUUACUGUGGAAUUUGGACUGUGUAAAGAAGGCAAUGACAUAAAGGCCUAUGGGGCUGGGCUGCUGUCAUCAUUUGGUGAACUACAGUACUGCUUAUCAGAACAACCUUUCAUCGAGCCUCUCAACUUGGAGAAGACUGCGGUCCAGAAAUAUCCCGUCACUGAAUUCCAGCCCAUUUACUACAUUGCUGAAAGUUUUAACGAUGCAAAGCAAAAGUUAAGGAAAUAUGCUUCCACAAUUCCCCGUCCAUUCUCAGUCCGCUACAACCCAUAUACCCAAAGGAUUGAGGUCCUGGACAAUGCAAAACAGUUGAAGAAUUUAGCCGAUUCCAUCAGCAAUGAAAUGGGACUUCUUUGCAAUGCUCUCCAGAAGAUAUAAUGAAGAUGCUGUCACCUCUAACAACACUUCUGGUGGCUCUGAGCACUUUGUGGCAAAGGGAUGCAUUGAAACAAAUACCA